UUCUCAAGGGGACGUGUCACUCUUUGUUCUACCCUUUUGGAGGAUAACAUUGCCCCCCUCAACUGGCCUCCCUUUUCUCUCGUGCUUAUAAGGACUUCCCCUCUACUGAUCUUUCAGAAAAACCCAUUCAGAAUUCACAUUCUUGCGAAGCUAAGCUAAUGGCUUCAAAUUCUCUUUCCACCUCAAGAAGCUCUGGCUCUUCUUGGACGCCUAAGCAGAACAAGCAGUUCGAAAAGGCAUUGGCUUUAUAUGAUAAGGACACCCCUGAUCGCUGGCAGAAUGUUGCAAAUGCUGUAGGUGGGAAAUCUCCGGAGGAAGUGAAGAAGCACUAUGAAAUUCUUAUUAAGGAUGUCAAGGAAAUCGAGUCCGGCAGAGUCCCAUUUCCUAAUUACAGGUCCACUGCUGGAAACGCCAACUAAUUAGCAUUGUCUUUCAACUGCUGCACUGCAUAUCAGAGCCUCACUCAUUGUAUUCGAUAUUAGUUCCCAGUGAAUAAGUAUUGCCCAUUUCCUUAUUAA